AUGACCUUGUUUUCCAAGCAAUCACUGUCUUCCAACUGGGAAUUCAGGCAAGCCGAUGAUUCGGCUUCAAAUGACUGGCUCCCGGUCCCGUCAAUACCGUCGGUCGUGCAUCAAGAUCUCAUAGCGAAUGGCAGAUUAUCGGACCCUUUCAUCGGCUUCAAUGAGCUACAUGCAGAGUGGGUUGGCGAGAAAGCAUGGAUCUAUAAAACCGUCAUACAAACACCAGAAACCCCAGCUGGUGCCAAGGCCUAUCUUGUUUUUGAUGGCCUCGAUACUUUUGCUACUGUCCAUCUCAAUGGCAAGGUGAUAUUGGAGAGCGACAACAUGUUUCUAUCCCACCGGAUAGAUGUGACGAAUAAUCUUCUUGAGGCCGGGACACAGGAGCAUAGUCUUGAAAUUCAUUUUGACUCUGCCUUGCUCAGAGCACGGGAAAUUCAAAAGCACUAUCCAAACCACAAGUGGGUUGGUUUUAAUGGCGAGAUGGCUAGACUGGGCGUCAGGAAAUCGCAGUAUCAUUGGGGAUGGGAUUGGGGCCCAGUUCUCAUGACAGCGGGAAUUUGGAAGGAUGUGCGUCUGGAGGUUUAUAGUACGAGAGUAGCUGACCUUUGGACCGAACUUGAAUUGUCACACGAUCACCAACUUGCGCGAAUCAAAACCUAUGCAAAGAUCGAGUCGAGCAACGCAUUGAAUGGCCAUAUAUCAGUCUUUGGUCUCUCUCUAGACGGCAAUGAAAUUGACCAGCAAAGUGCUCCCAUCGGCUCUGACGGAUCUGUUGCAGUGACAUUCAAAGUGAAACAGCCAAAGCUCUGGUGGCCAAAUGGCUACGGCGAGCAGACUCUAUAUCAGCUAUCAGUCAAAGUGGUUGAAAAUGGCACCGAAAUACAUCAAUUAUCAAAGAAAAUUGGAAUACGUACUGCAGAAGUCAUUCAACAGCCCGACAAACAUGGAAAAUCAUUUUUCUUUCGAAUCAAUGGUGUUGACGUUUUCUGCGGCGGUUCCUGCUGGAUCCCAGCAGAUAACUUUUUGACUCGUAUCAGUGCAGAAAAGUACCGGAACUGGAUUAAGCUGAUGGUUGCAGGAAAUCAAGUUAUGAUCCGUGUCUGGGGUGGUGGUAUCUAUGAGCAUGAUGCGUUUUAUGAUGCAUGCGAUGACUUAGGCGUCCUGGUCUGGCAGGACUUCAUGUUUGGCUGUGGUAACUAUCCGGCUUGGCCAGCUAUGUUAGAGUCUAUCAAACAAGAAGCAAUCGAUAAUGUCAAACGACUCCGACAUCACCCGUCCAUUGCACUCUAUGCUGGGAACAACGAGGACUAUCAAGUCCAGGAACAAUCGGGACUAACAUACAACUACGAGGACAAGAACCGGGAGCAUUGGCUAAAGACUGACUUUCCGGCACGCUAUAUCUAUGAGCAUAUCCUGCCGUCCAUUGUGAGGGAGUAUUCGCCCAGCGUCUUUUACCACCCCGGAAGCCCGUGGGGAGAUGGAAAGAUCACCUCUGAUCCAACAGUUGGCGAUCUGCACCAGUGGAAUGUAUGGCAUGGCACACAAGAAAAAUACCAGAUUUUUGGAUCGAUUGGAGGUCGAUUUAACAGUGAAUUUGGCAUGGAGGCCUUCCCACAUCUUGAAACAAUCGAACAUUUUGUUGAGGAUAAGAAAGACUUGUUCCCGCAAUCUCACGUUAUAGACUUUCACAACAAAGCAGACGGCCACGAACGCCGUAUAGCUACUUAUCUCGUCGAAAAUUUGAGGACAGCGACCGAUUUGGAGACCUACAUCUACUUAACACAAGUCGUCCAAGAAGAGACUAUGAUGUUUGGCUACCGGACCUGGCGACGCCAAUUUGGGGAUGAACGUCACUGCGGUGGUGCCUUGCUCUGGCAACUGGACGACUGCUGGCCUACAAUCUCGUGGGCAAUCGUCGAUUAUUUCCUUCGACCAAAGCCAGCGUAUUACGCCAUGGCGCGCAUUCUUGCUCCAGUCGCCGUCGGUGUCCAGCGGGAACAUCACGACUGGAGUAUAUCGCACGCGCGUCCCGCCAAGAAAAGCAAGUUCGAGUUAUGGGCAGUAAGCAGUUUACAGAAAGAGGCUGUGGCUUUGAUUGAGCUUCGGUUUAUUUCGGUUGAUACCGGCCUGGAAGUUCGUGAGCGUAUCGUGCACGACAACGUUCGUCUCGUUCCGAACGGGACAACAAAUCUCAUUCUUGACGGCGUUAUCGACCAUGCCGCCUACCCCGAGCCUCAUAUCCUUGCCACGCGCAUGUGGAUCGAUGGAAAGCUCGUGGCGCGGGAUGUCGACUGGCCGCAGCCAUUCAAAUACCUAGACUUCAGUGAUCGAGGACUCGAAGUGAGAGAGAAGGAGGGAGCCGCGGCUGACGAGAAAGUGCUAGGAAUAAGCGCUCGUAAGCCAGUGAAGUGCCUGGUUUUUGAGGAGCGAGAAGGCGUCACUGUCAGUGAUAGCGCGUUGGAUAUUAUCCCUGGAGAUGACCAGACCGUGAAGGUCAGUGGAUUGAAAGCAGGCGAUAAGUCAUUGAGAUACAAGUACCUUGGACAGUAA